AUGGUCCGGGCAGCUGAGCGGGACCAGAGUCUUUUCAAACAAAGGCACCGGUCAGAAAAUAAAUCUGAGCUGCAGAAUCCCAUCUCAGAGGCCCCAGCGCUGCAAAUAGCAGCUGCAGCUGCAGACCGAGGGCUGGCAUACAAACUUCCAGAAAUGACUGUGACUGUGAAGGGAGUUGAUUCUGUUUCACAGAACAGCAUAGUGGUUCUGAACAGUGAUUUGCUUUGUAAUAAAAGGAAACGCUGCAAAGCCAGAGGACUUUGGUCUCAUCGUCAUUCAGAAAAAAAUGAAGUGCUGGCCCCAGCACCAGCUCCACCCCGGGAAGAACCAAAUAAAGAGAAGCAGGCCGGAACUUCACCAGCAAAAGAUGAAGAGGAAGCCUCCCCGCCUGGUGCCCUGCCUCCAGGUUCGGGUAGUCGGGCCCUGGAAAGAAAAGAUUCAGAAUGGUCUGUUGGCGAAUCGCCAUCAGGGGAGGACCAGGAUAAGCAGACUGCCAACAAUCAGCUGUCCACCCUGUUCGUGGAAAAGCCUCAAGGUGGAACAGUGAAAGUUGGUGGAAGUAUCACCUUUAUAGCCAAAGUCAAGGCCGAAGAUCUUCUUAGAAAGCCCACUAUCAAAUGGUUCAAAGGGAAAUGGAUGGACCUGGCCAGCAAAGCUGGGAAGCACCUCCAGCUGAAGGAAACCUUCGAAAGGCACAGUCGGGUGUACACGUUUGAGAUGCAGAUCAUCCAGGCUAAAGAGAACUAUGCCGGAAACUACAGAUGCGAGGUCACCUAUAAGGAUAAGUUUGACAGCUGUUCCUUCGAUCUUGAAGUACAUGAAUCUACUGGGACUACUCCAAACAUUGACAUCAGAUCUGCUUUCAAGAGAAGGGAGGUGAAACAGCAGGAGGAAGAACCUGAGAUAGACGUGUGGGAGCUGCUGAAGAAUGCGAAACCCAGCGAGUACGAGAAGAUCGCCUUCCAGUAUGGCAUCACUGACCUGCGCGGGAUGCUCAAGCGGCUCAAGCGCAUGCGCAGAGUGGAGAAGAAGAGCGCAGCUUUUGCAAAAAUUCUCGAUCCUGCAUAUCAGGUUGAUAAAGGAGGCAGGGUAAGAUUUGCUGUGGAACUGGCGGAUCCAAAGUUGGAGGUGAAAUGGUAUAAAAAUGGUCAAGAAAUUCGACCCAGUACAAAAUACAUCUUUGAACAUAAAGGAUGUGAAAGAAUCAUGUUUAUCAAUAACUGUGUGCUGACAGACGAUUCAGAGUAUUAUGUGACAGCUGGUGAUGAGAAAUGCUCCACUGAGCUCUUUGUGAGAGAGCCUCCAGUUAUAGUGACCAAACAGCUGGAAGAUACAAAAGCGUACUGUGGGGACAGAGUGGAAUUAGAAUGUGAGGUGUCUGAAGAUGAUGCCCAUGUAAAAUGGUUUAAGAAUGGUGAGGAAAUCGUCCCUGGUCCAAGAUCAAGACACUACAUUAAAGUUGAAGGCAAAAAACACAUUUUGGUCAUAGAAGAAGCAACAAAGGCUGAUACUGCAGAAUAUUCUGUAAUGACAACAGGAGGACAGUCAUCUGCUAAACUUACCGUUGACUUAAAACCUCUGAAGAUAUUGACGCCUCUGACUGAUCAGACUGUAAAUCUUGGAAAAGAAAUCUGCUUGAAGUGUGAGAUAUCUGAAAACUUAUCAGGAAAAUGGACUAAAAAUGGCCUCCCCAUUCAGGAGACUGACCGUCUAAAGAUUGUUCACAGGGGAAGAAUCCACAAAUUAGUGAUAGCCAAUGCUCUCGUUGAGGACGAAGGUGAUUAUGUAUUUGCACCAGAUGCCUACUCGGUUACUUUGCCUGCCAAAGUUCAUGUUAUUGAUCCUCCGAAGAUCAUACUGGAUGGUCUUGAUGCUGACAAUACAGUGACAGUAAUUGCAGGAAACAAGCUUCGUCUAGAGAUUCCCAUCAGUGGAGAACCACCUCCUAAAGCCAUUUGGAGCCGAGCAGAUAAGGCUAUUAUGGAGGGCGGUAGCCGAAUAAGAACUGAAAAUUACCCUGACAGCACCACUCUGGUUAUUGAUGUAGCAGAAAAAGAUGAUUCUGGUCUUUACCACAUAAAUCUGAAAAAUGAAGCUGGGGAAGCCCAUGCAGCCAUCACGAUUAAAGUUGUGGAUGUCCCUGAUCCUCCAGUGGCGCCGAAUGUGACACACGUGGGAGAUGAGUGGUGCAUCAUGAACUGGGACCCUCCUCUCUAUGAUGGAGGGUCCCCAAUCUUAGGUUACUUCAUUGAGAGGAAAAAGAAGCAAAGCUCCAGGUGGAUGAGGCUGAAUUUUGAUCUCUGCAAAGAAACAACCUUUGAGCCCAAGAAUAUGAUUGAAGGUGUGGCCUACGAGGUCCGCAUCUUUGCCGUCAAUGCCGUUGGCCUCUCCAAGCCCAGUAUGCCCUCCAAACCUUUUGUUCCAUUGGCUGUAACCAGCCCACCUACUCUUCUGACUGUUGACUCUGUAACUGACACCACUGUCACAAUGAAGUGGCGGCCCCCCGACCAGAUUGGUGCAGCAGGUUUAGAUGGCUAUGUGCUAGAGUAUUGCUUUGAAGGAAGUACAUCAGCAAAACAGUCUGGUGAAAAUGGGGAGGCUGCAUUUGAUCUACCAGCUGACAACUGGAUAGUGGCAAACACAGAGCUGAUCGAGAAGACCAAGUUCACCAUCACAGGUCUGCCAACGGAUGCAAGGAUCUUUGUGCGCGUGAAAGCCGUGAACGCCGCCGGUGCUAGCGAGCCCAAGUACUACUCUCAGCCCAUCCUUGUGAAAGAAAUCGUAGAGGCUCCAAAGAUUCGCAUCCCAAGGCACCUAAAGCAAACCUAUAUCCGCAGAGUUGGAGAAGCCAUCAAUCUGGUUAUACCUUUCCAGGGAAAACCAAGACCAGAAGUAACUUGGAAGAAAGAUGGGGCACCUAUUGAUAAGAAUCAGAUCAACAUUCGCAACUCUGAGACCGAUACAAUCAUAUUUAUCAGAAAAGCGGAGAGGAGCCAUUCUGGGAAAUAUGAUCUGCAGGUCAAAGUGGAAAAAUACGUGGAAACUGCAUCCAUUGAUAUCCAGGUUGUUGACCGUCCGGGUCCACCCCAAGUUGUGAAGAUCGACGAUGUCUGGGGAGAGAAUGUUGCUCUAUCGUGGACACCACCAAAGGAUGAUGGGAAUACUGCCAUUACAGGGUACACGAUCCAGAAGGCCGACAAGAAGAGCAUGGAGUGGUUCACUGUCAUUGAGCAUUAUCACCGAACCAGUGCCACCAUUACUGAACUGGUUAUCGGAAAUGAGUAUUACUUCCGGGUGUUUGCUGAAAACAUGUGCGGCCUCAGUGAGGAUGCAACAAUGACAAAAGAGAGCGCCCUGAUUGCCAAGGAUGGUAAAAUCUACAAAAAUCCAGUGUAUGAAGACUUCAAUUUCACAGAGGCACCCAUGUUUACUCAGCCAUUGGUCAACACCUACGCCAUAGCUGGUUACAAUGCCACCCUGAACUGCAGUGUGAGAGGAAAUCCUAAGCCCAAAAUUACCUGGAUGAAAAACAAAGUUGCUAUCGUGGAUGACCCAAGAUACAGGAUGUUCAGCAACCAGGGGGUCUGUACUCUGGAGAUUCGAAAGCCCAGCCCCUAUGACGGAGGCACCUACAGCUGCAAAGCAGUCAAUGACCUUGGGGCAAUGGAGAUCGAAUGCAAACUGGAGGUGAAAGGUGGUCUUUCCUUCUGCAGGCUCCUCUUGCAAGGUGUGCCUCCUAGCGUAAUUGAUUCAUACUUGCGAGAAUUGCACUCAAGCAAUCCUGAGGAAUACUAAGGGCCUGGGCACUGCCGCUCUGCUCACCACUGCUUUGAAAUCGGGUUGCAAUGAGAAAGCAUUUUCUGUUUUGCUCCCAGGCUCCCAAGUGUGGUUGUUUUCUUUCCUCCUGAUGUUGAAAAAAAAAAAAAGAUGUUUGCACAGAUUGCUUAAUUAAAAAUUGCAAACAAAA